AAACGAACGUUCUUUCUUUUUAUUUUCUGUUCUACGCCACGGCUUAAUCAGCAACAGCACGAGAAAUCAACCCGUGUGCGUGUCGUCGUGAAGUUUACAAACUCUAAGAGAGAGAGAGAGAGAACGAACGAUCUGCACAUUGCGUCUGGACGUCAAAAUAGCAAGGUUGACAGCGCUCCUUUAAGAGUGUCUAAUAGUAAUAUGGAAGAAGACAGCAGCCAUCAUGUCACUGGUACCAACAAAAAGAUAUCCAUGACCGGCGGCACAGAGUCUGUGCUGUGGCAUAUGAUGAAUGAUAUGCAUCGUGCCAUGAGCAUUUCAUCCACAGCGAAAAAUGGUACCGUGUUAGUUGGUAGAAUCCAAGGGUAUCAUAAAGAAAACAAUGCAGCAGAAGCAGCAGCAGCAGUAGACGAAGACAUAGAGCUAUCCUCUGCACUCAGGGAUGUGGAUCAAGCACAGCUACGCAGACGAAAAACCUUGGAAUCGCGAAUACGCAUUGCAGUUGGGAUCACAUCGAUUCUCCUUGUAUUAUUUGUGACAAUUUUUCUAACUAACCCCAUUCCCCCCAAACCACCCUUUGCCCUGGUCGACCAUGAUAGUUGUUUGAUCCCUGCAUCUGCAUGA